UUCUUCAACCUCCGAAACGACAGAAGAAAAACCCUAAACGACAUCGUCCCCUCAUCUCCGAUGGCGCGAACGAAGCAGACGGCCCGGAAGUCCACCGGCGGCAAGGCCCCGAGGAAGCAGCUGGCCACCAAGGCGGCGCGCAAGUCGGCCCCGGCGACCGGCGGCGUCAAGAAGCCCCACCGCUUCCGCCCCGGCACGGUGGCGCUCCGGGAGAUCCGGAAGUACCAGAAGAGCACGGAGCUGCUGAUCCGGAAGCUGCCCUUCCAGCGGCUGGUCCGCGAGAUCGCGCAGGACUUCAAGACGGACCUCCGGUUCCAGAGCAGCGCCGUGGCGGCGCUGCAGGAGGCGGCGGAGGCGUACCUGGUGGGGCUCUUCGAGGACACCAACCUGUGCGCCAUCCACGCGAAGCGGGUCACCAUCAUGCCCAAGGACAUCCAGCUCGCCCGCAGGAUCAGGGGCGAGAGGGCUUGAUUCUCGGUUCUCCAUGUACAUGUGUUCUUGAGUCAGCAACGAUUGACAAAGCUGGGCAGCUUUUCGUAGUAGAUAUCGACGUGAAAUUGCAUUUGAUGUACUGGGUUUCUAUGAAAAUUACAAUUUGUAUCGUUUCGUUUGAAUUUGAAGUACCUCGAAGUCUGGA